AGGACAAACACACACCCAUCUUCAGGUGUUUCCCCUCCUUUGCUACACCUUUCUAGCUACAAAAUCUUACAACUUCUCAUUUCAACAACACAAAGAAAUGGAAGGAAAAUUGGGAUGUUUUGCGAGGUUUUUCCUGACCGCGAAACCCUAUAUCGCUAUGAUUUGUUUACAAUUUGGAUAUGCUGGGAUGAAUAUAAUCACCAAAGUGUCAUUAAACCGUGGCAUGAGCCACUAUGUCCUUGUUGUUUAUCGCCAUGCAUUCGCAACAGCCGCUAUUGCCCCAUUCGCCAUUUACCUCGAGAGGAAUAUUAGGCCGAAGAUCACUUUCUCAUUAUUUAUGCAAAUGUUUGUCUUGGGACUUCUCGGGCCUGUUAUCGAUCAAAACUUCUACUAUGCUGGAUUAAAGCUAACAUCUCCCACCUUUUCUUGUGCUAUGAGCAACAUGCUUCCUGCAAUGACCUUUGUUAUGGCUGUCCUCUGCAGGAUGGAGAUAUUGGACAUAAAAAAGGUUAGAUGCCAAGCAAAGGUGAUUGGAACCAUAGUGACAGUAGCAGGAGCCAUGUUGAUGACACUUUACAAGGGUAAUGUGGUUGAGUUGAUUUGGACCAAACAUGUGCACCCUCACUAUGCCGAGACAACUUCUACCGCAUCGGGCUCGUCCGAUAAAGAUUGGGUUGUGGGAUCUAUUCUUCUAAUUAUUGCUACUUUUGCAUGGGCUUCUUUUUUCAUCGUUCAGAAUGUGACAAUGAGGAGAUACACUGCACCUCUUUCUCUCACCUGUUUGGUGUGCUUUAUUGGCACUUUACAGUCCAUUGCUGUUACUUUUGUAAUGGAACACAAGCCUAAUGUUUGGACUAUUGGUUGGGAUAUGAACCUUCUUGCUGCUGCCUAUGCUGGGAUUGUGUCAUCAAGCAUUGCAUACUAUGUGCAAGGUCUAGUAAUGGAAAAGAGAGGGCCAGUUUUUGUGACUGCUUUUAGUCCUCUAAUGAUGAUCAUUGUUGCAAUCAUGGGUUCUUUCAUUUUAGCCGAAAAGAUCUACAUGGGAGGGGUGAUGGGCGCGAUCCUAAUAGUGAUUGGAUUGUACUCGGUCCUAUGGGGGAAAUACAAGGAACACAAGGAGAAAGAGUUGGCCGAAGAGAUCCUCGACCCUGUAAAAGUUGCCUCCGGAAAUAACAAUAACAAUAAUAAUAACGUGAUGGUUAUUGAUGAUGGGGCAAACGAUAUUGAGAUGCAAAAGAACGAGAUUAACACAUCAUCUGUCCCGAUGAUCGCAAUCAAUUCAUUGACCCAGGCACCACCGAUGAUAGCCGUGCAAGCACCAAAAGUGUAGCUAAGAAGUGAAGUAGUUAAUUGAGAGGGUGGAAAAGAAAAAAAUAUUAAUAAUGAAGUAUUAAUAUGUACAACUACAAUAGAUCAGGGAGUUGGAGGAGAAAAGCAAGGGCUUUUUUAUAAUUUUUUGGGUUUUCUGAUCAUGUAAUGUGUUUCUUUAGUGUUACUUUAUGGAAGAUUAAUGAAGAUUCCAUGGGAAUGAAAUGAGAUCUUUGUUAAACA